GGUGAUGUUUUGUUAUUGUUUUGUCUCGCGGGUGUAAGAAUUAUGCAAAAUUUUAUCUCGAGAAAAUAUAUUUUCCAUAUUUUCAUGAAAUAUUGAUAAGCUUUGUAAAUUACAAUGUUCAUUAAAAUACUAUCAGCGCGACCGGCGCUUAGACUAACAGGUGUACUUCCGAGGUUCCUGAACAGUCAAGCAAAUAUCAGCGAAAAAACAAUUGACCUCUACCGGCAGCAGUACGAGCGCGAUUCUUGGACCAACAUUACCCCAAAGAUUCUUUCGCACCUGGAUCGUAACUUGCACCUGAAGCAGAACCAUCCACUGUCGAUUAUUCGUAAAAGGAUCGUAAAAUAUUUCUAUGGUGCUUACCUAAACCCAAGAGGAAACCCGUUGUUUAGUGUAUACGAUAACCUGAGCCCAGUGGUUUCCACUGAGCAAAAUUUCGAUAAUUUGCUGAUCCCAAAGGACCAUCCUAGUCGAGCAAAAAGUGAUUGCUAUUAUGUUAAUAAGGAUUAUCUUCUACGAGCGCACACGACUGCCCAUCAGGUCGAACUCAUCCAGGCCGGUCUGGAUAAUUUCCUGGUAAUAGGAGACGUCUACCGAAGGGAUGAAAUCGAUACCACCCAUUACCCAGUGUUCCACCAGCUAGAUGCCGUAAGAAUUAUUCACCAGGACAAGUUAUUCGAAAGAACUCCUGAACUGAAAAUCUACGAAACCUCAUUCAAAACUCAUCUAAGCAAAAAUACCGACACAAUUUCGGAGUGUAUUGAUCAACAAAAGCAACCCUGCCAUACAUUAGAAGCGGUGAAACUCUGCGAACAUGAGAUGAAGCGUGUUCUCUUGGGGAUGGUGAAGGAUCUGUUUGGGGACAAAAUCGAGUACCGUUGGGUUGAAACGACAUUUCCAUUCACGCAGCCAUCCUGGGAGUUGGAAAUUUUCUUCAACGGAAAAUGGCUGGAAAUACUUGGCUGUGGCAUCACCAGGAACGAAAUUCUUGAUCGCGCUGGCGUGGAUAACUCGAUUGCCUUCGCCUUCGGUGUUGGUUUGGAACGACUAGCCAUGGUGUUGUUCGACAUUCCGGAUAUUAGGUUGUUCUGGAGCACGGACAGUGGAUUUUUGAAUCAAUUCAAGGACGACAAAAUCGUCAAAUACAAACCGAUUUCAGCGCAUCCUCAAUGUACGAAUGACAUUUCCUUCUGGUUGCCGCAGGAACUAUCUUUGGAUACGUUCUCUGUCAACGAUUUCUACGAUUUGGUUCGGACAGUCGGAGGCGAUAUGGUGGAACAGGUAACGCUAAUCGACAAGUUUACCCAUCCAAAAACAGGUAAGUCUAGUCUUUGUUUCCGAAUCGUUUACCGGCAUAUGGAGAAAACGCUUACACAAGCUGAAGUCAACGUAGUCCAUGCCAAAAUUGGUUCAGAGUUGAUUAGAGAAUUUAACGUAGUUAUUAGAUGAACGAGGCAUUGUUAGACUAAUUUGUUAUUUCUCUGAUGAUUGAACCAUAUAAUAAAAAAAUACCUUAGGAACUA